AUGUCUCUUAUUGAAGUUAUACAACAUUACGAGGAAAAUGCCAAAGAAUUUUGUCAAGAAGAAUUAAAUCAAGAUUUUCGAUGCAAAAAUGGAGCACCAAUUAAAGAUAAUGGUCGUGGGAUUUUGAAACAUGCUUCCAAUGUUUAUACUCUUACUAUGUUCAAAAGGUUUGAAGAAGAGUUGAUGGAUAGCAUCGGGUUGAAUUGUGUUAAAGAAGCAAAUUAUGAAAAUCAUGUUCUGUAUCAUUUGACUAAAGAUGGCCAUGAAAGAGUGUAUUAUGUGAACUUUUCACAUUCAAAUGAUAGCAUUUCUUGCAGCUGUAAUAUGUUCAAGACACUUGGACUGUUAUGUCAUCAUGCUUUAUGUGUACUUGUCAUAAAUAAUGUGAAGGAGAUACCUGAACCAUAUAUAUUAAAGAGAUGGACAAAAAGCGCAAAGUCAAUGCUUGUAAGUAAUUCUACUGUUGGGUUAGUGAAUGAAGAAAAAUCAACUCGCUUAUUGCGACUUAGUGAGUUGAAUCAUAUUGGUUACAACCUUUUUGAUAAAAGUUCAUUGACUCGCAAAUGCACAAAAAUUGUUACAGAUAAAUUGAUGGAGGCAUUACAACUAGUUGAGAAAAAAAUGACCACUUUGAAAAAUGUUGAACAAUUUGAAAAUCCUGCCCAAAAAGCAAUUCAAGAAGUCACUAAUUAUGCUAAUGAGGAAGUCCCUUGUUCAAUUCAUGAGAAGCCCAUAUUUGAUCCUAAAUUUCAUCCAAAUUGGGGGGCCAUUUUAGAACCUAACAUGAGUUUUACAAGAAUGCUAGACGAGAAUAGUUCAUCUCCUUUUGUUAGUCAGGACUACUUAUCAAGUGAUGUGGGAACUCAACAAAAAUGA